CGCGCCUCUCCAACGAGCACCAUGGCCAAGCGUGCGGCACGCGAUUCUGACGAUGAAGGUCCGUCAGUUGAAGGAACCCCAGCUUCAAAACGCGCCCGCACGGUAGAUAGCGAUGCGGAUGAGCCCAUGCGCUCGUCUACGCGUUCACGCGGCAACAACGGUAACACGCGCCGCGCGCAGAACAAGAAUUCCGAUCCCUCCUCUUCUGAAGAGGAAGAAGAGGGUGCGCCUUCCGAGAACGAGGAGGAGGAGGAGGAACGUAUUCGUGCCUCUAUCGAGAGGAAGAGUAAGACGACUGGAGGUAUCGCGGAGUACGGCAUCAUUGAAGCUAUCGAGAUGAAGCAGUUUAUGUGUCACAAACAUCUCUCCUUUACAUUUGGGCCUCAAAUCAACUUCAUUAUCGGUAUGUCUUGAUUGUAUGGAUGGAGCUCUGUUGAAUCCUUUCCAAGGUCACAACGGAAGCGGCAAGAGUGCGGUGCUUACCGGUAUCACUGUUGCGCUUGGUGGAAAGGCCAAUGCGACAGGUCGCGGUAAUGGCCUCAAAUCCUUCAUUCGCGAAGGCCAAAACGCGGCGGACGUGACUAUCUCCAUUAAAAACCGCGGAGACGAAGCCUACAAGCACGAUGUAUACGGGGAUUCUAUCGUCAUCAACCGGCAUUUCACCAAGGAAGGCAGCAGUUCAUGGAAGAUCAGGAGCAAAAGUGGCCAGAUCAUCAGCACCAAGAAGGACGAGCUGGCUGCGAUUUGCGAUCACAUGAACAUCCAAGUCGACAACCCAAUGAAUGUGCUUACGCAAGAUGCGGCUCGUCAGUUCUUGAGUGCUUCUUCGGCCACUGACAAGUACAAGUUCUUUCUUAAGGGCACACAACUUUCGCAACUGUCUGAAGAGUACGAGACCUGCAUGGCAAACAUCUCUACGACUGCCAAAGUUCUUGCGCAGAAGAAAGAAGCACUUCCAGAUUUGGAGCAGGCCCUGAAGGAGGCCAAUGCACGAUUCGAGGAGGCUGACUGGGCCCGCCAACAGGCUCAGAGAGUUGACGAGCUGAAGAAAGAACUUGCCUGGGCGCACGUCAAUGUCAAAGAGAAAGAGGUCGAGGACAAGACCGUGGAAGUGACCAGGUUAGGUCGCGGCCCAGCAAAGGCUCAAGAGAAGAUAGACGAAGCUGAAGCAAACUUGCUCGUUGCGACGGACAGGUUGGUCACCUCCGAAAGAGAACACGAUGCUUUGCCUAGCGCCGACGACUUGCAGGCGAAGCUGGCGACGGCGCGCGCAAACGUCAAGGAGAAGACCACUAAUGCUACCGAAAUGGCGAGAGAGAUGGAGAAUAUCGCCAACCAGAUCGGUGGCCUGAACACACAAGUCAAAGAAUAUCAAGAGAAUAUUGACGCAGAGAAGGCCCGAAUUGCUGCCAAUAAUGAAGGAAAGCGUAAAGAUUAUGAAAGACGACUCGAGGCUGCUCGCAAAGACCACAAACAAGCUCAGGAGAUAAUGCGCUCCUGGGAACAGCAAAAGGUCGCGGCUGAGGAGGAAAAGAGAAAGCUGGACAAUGAGGCUCAUGCGAGCCAGUCCUUACUGGACGACCUACACAGCCAAGUCCGUGACUGCGAGAGUGCGAUCGAGAACAGCAAGCGCGCAGAGAAGAAUCAAUUUGCUGCGUACGGAAAUCACAUCCAAGAGGUUAUCCAGGCUAUCAAACGAUCUCGAUGGCACGGCGAGGUCCCUCUUGGCCCUUUAGGAAUCUACGUUCGACUCAAGGACUCGCGCUGGACAGACCUCUUGCAGACACAAUUAGGGAAAACACUUUCCUCAUUCGCAGUGACUGACGGGCGCGACGUUGCACCUCUCAAGAAGAUCUUGAUGGAUUCAGGGAAUCCGAAAGUAACAAUCCAUUCCUUCCAGCCUGAUUUGUUUGACUUCAGUCGUGGGGAACCCGCCCCUCAUAUUUUGACUGUGCAUCGUGUUCUUGAGGUCUCUGAUCCUCAUGUGCUUCGUUUGCUUGUCAACUUGGCGUCGAUUGAAAGUCGCGUGCUUGCUUGGAAACGUAGCGAGGCGCGACCGCUGCUGAGGUCAGGACAGACUGCUUGGACUGGCGAUGGAUAUAUCGUGAAUCUAUUCCAUGGUGGAGAAUCAUCGGUCCCUAUUCAGUUCUCUCGUGGCAACGGUCUCAUGUUCGCCGGAAGUGCUGGCGGCGAACAACAUCGCCAAGCUGAGGUCAAAGCCGACUUGCUGCAACAAAUUGCGGCGGCGAAAGUGGAUCAGCAAGGCCUUCGCAGCCGAUGGACAGUUGCGCGAGAAAAAAUUGACGAGUGCGAGCGUAAAGCUCAUGACGCUUAUCAGCGGUCGGAUCGUUUCCAGCGAGCCAUCAAUGAACUGAAGGGACUACUGGAAGAUACGCAGCCGGCCAGCAUCACAGAGUUUGAGAAUGCGAUCGAGGAGGCCUUGAAAGAGAAGAAAGGCUACGAGGAGCAACUGCAGGCCGUUGACACGGCCCGCCUGGAAGCAGAUCAAGAAAGGAAAAGAGCUUUGACAGAGAGAGAUCAUAUCCUGAACAAGCUAAACGCUUGCGAGUCAAACAAGCAUGCUGCCCAGGAUCGAUGCACCAAAGCAGCGGAAGAUCAGACCAAAUAUCGGAAUCAUAUUGACCACUGGAAGAGGAAGCACGCAGAAGAGCAGGUCAAAGUAGAUAAGGCCCAGAAUCAAUUGGCCGCUCUUGAGAAAGAGUUUGAGGAAUGGACGCAGGGUGCCGAGGAGUUCUGUGAGCGUAUCGAGACAACACGAAGGCCAGCGGACCUCGAUCGCAUCCUGAAAGCAACCCAAGAGGCGCUGAGAGAUCGUGAGAAACGAAUCGGUGCCUCGGUUGAGACGAUGGCAGAUGAAGUAAAUAAGGCCAAAGAGCGAUUCGACAGAGCUAAGGAGGACUUGAAGCAAAUGCACGUCCUGAAUAAAGCCCUCAAGAGAUCUUUGGCCAUACGACUUGAUCGGUGGCAUGAGUUCAGACGACACAUUGCGACCCGGUGCAAAGUCGUAUUCGGAUAUCAUCUCUCUCAACGUGGAUACUUUGGCAAGGUUUUGUUUGAUCACGAGGACCAAACGCUCUUGCUCAAGGUCCAGACCGACGACCAAGCUGCUACUCAGGGCGCCUCACGUGACAAGGAUCCUCGCUCGCUGAGUGGAGGAGAAAAGUCAUUCUCGACCAUCUGCUUGCUCCUUUCGUUGUGGGAAUCCAUUGGCUGUCCGAUCAGAUGUCUGGACGAGUUCGACGUAUUCAUGGAUGCUGUUAACCGGCGCAUCAGCAUGAAGAUGAUGAUUGACACUGCGAACUCGUCCGAUAAGAAGCAAUAUGUGCUCAUCACACCCCAGGAUAUAUCAAACAUGAAGCCCAGCUCCAGCGUUAGAGUCAACCGCAUGUCUGAUCCAGAGCGAGGGCAGGGCAUCCUGCAGUUCGCUGGCUGAGAGAACUCACCGCCAUCAUGUAGCUAAUAUAUCCAUCUAAUCCCUAGUGUAUGGUCUCCCAAUCUACAGUAUGAUUCUUGCCCCGAUGUCAUCAAAUGUGACGUAACGAUAAUGAUGUUCCUGCUCUGCUUGCU